AGGGGACGAGCACCAUGUCGAAUCUGACCAAAGGCACGAGCAGCCGGAAGGACACCAAGAUGCGGAUCCGGGCCUUUCCGAUGACCAUGGAUGAAAAAUAUGUAAACAGCAUUUGGGACCUUCUGAAAAAUGCAAUUCAAGAAAUUCAGCGUAAAAAUAACAGUGGUCUAAGUUUUGAGGAGCUCUACAGAAAUGCAUAUACUAUGGUUUUGCAUAAACAUGGAGAAAAGCUCUACACUGGACUAAGAGAAGUUGUUACGGAGCACCUCAUAAAUAAGGUGCGAGAAGAUGUACUAAAUUCAUUGAAUAACAACUUUCUUCAAACGCUAAAUCAAGCUUGGAAUGAUCAUCAAACAGCUAUGGUGAUGAUUAGAGACAUACUAAUGUAUAUGGACCGUGUAUAUGUGCAACAGAAUAACGUAGAGAAUGUCUACAAUUUGGGGUUAAUUAUUUUCCGAGAUCAAGUUGUUCGUUACGGCUGUAUUAGAGAUCAUCUGCGGCAGACUCUGCUGGAUAUGAUUGCAAGAGAGCGGAAAGGAGAAGUUGUAGACAGAGGCGCAAUAAGAAAUGCUUGCCAGAUGUUAAUGAUACUAGGUCUUGAAGGAAGAUCGGUCUAUGAAGAAGAUUUUGAGGCUCCCUUUUUGGAAAUGUCUGCAGAAUUUUUUCAGAUGGAAAGCCAGAAAUUCUUAGCAGAAAACAGUGCUUCAGUAUAUAUAAAGAAAGUAGAAGCUAGAAUUAAUGAAGAAAUAGAACGGGUGAUGCACUGCCUUGACAAAUCAACUGAAGAGCCAAUUGUAAAAGUAGUUGAAAGGGAACUAAUUUCCAAGCACAUGAAGACUAUAGUAGAAAUGGAGAAUUCUGGACUAGUACAUAUGUUGAAGAAUGGAAAGACAGAAGACCUUGCUUGCAUGUACAAGUUAUUUAGUCGUGUGCCAAAUGGUUUGAAAACAAUGUGUGAGUGUAUGAGUUCCUAUUUGAGGGAGCAAGGUAAAGCCCUCGUUUCUGAGGAAGGAGAAGGAAAGAAUCCUGUUGAUUAUAUCCAGGGCUUAUUGGAUCUGAAGAGUAGAUUUGAUCGCUUUCUCCAGGAAUCGUUCAAUAAUGACCGGCUCUUUAAACAAACUAUUGCGGGUGACUUUGAGUAUUUUCUCAACCUCAACUCCAGGUCCCCAGAAUACCUCUCAUUAUUUAUUGAUGAUAAGCUGAAAAAAGGAGUCAAAGGGCUAACAGAACAAGAAGUAGAAACAAUACUGGAUAAGGCAAUGGUCCUUUUUAGGUUUAUGCAAGAAAAAGAUGUAUUUGAACGUUACUAUAAACAACACUUGGCAAGGAGACUUCUCACGAAUAAAAGUGUUUCUGAUGACUCUGAAAAAAAUAUGAUAUCUAAGUUAAAGACUGAAUGUGGGUGUCAGUUCACAUCAAAACUGGAAGGAAUGUUUAGGGAUAUGAGCAUCUCAAACACAACUAUGGAUGAAUUCAGGCAACACUUACAGGCAACUGGGGUAUCUUUAGGUGGUGUUGAUCUUACGGUCAGGGUGCUCACGACAGGAUAUUGGCCCACCCAGUCGGCCACACCAAAGUGCAACAUCCCACCAGCACCAAGACAUGCAUUUGAAAUAUUUAGAAGGUUUUAUUUAGCCAAACACAGUGGCCGACAGCUUACACUCCAACAUCAUAUGGGUUCUGCAGAUCUCAAUGCUACCUUUUAUGGGCCAGUAAAAAAGGAAGAUGGAUCUGAAGUUGGUGUUGGAGGCGCUCAAGUCACUGGCUCUAAUACACGGAAGCAUAUAUUGCAAGUCUCCACUUUCCAGAUGACUAUAUUAAUGCUCUUUAAUAAUAGAGAAAAAUACACGUUUGAGGAAAUUCAACAAGAGACUGAUAUUCCUGAAAGAGAGCUUGUUAGAGCCCUGCAGUCCCUGGCCUGUGGCAAACCAACACAGCGGGUUCUCACAAAAGAACCCAAGUCAAAGGAGAUAGAAAAUGGUCACAUAUUUACAGUUAAUGAUCAGUUCACAUCCAAACUACACAGAGUCAAGAUUCAAACAGUUGCUGCCAAACAAGGUGAAUCUGACCCAGAAAGAAAAGAAACGAGGCAAAAAGUAGACGAUGACAGAAAGCAUGAGAUAGAAGCUGCUAUAGUUCGGAUAAUGAAAUCUAGAAAGAAGAUGCAGCACAAUGUGUUAGUAGCAGAGGUAACUCAGCAGUUGAAGGCUCGAUUCUUACCAAGUCCAGUUGUUAUUAAGAAACGUAUUGAAGGACUUAUUGAGAGAGAAUAUUUGGCACGAACACCUGAGGAUCGCAAAGUAUACACAUACGUAGCAUAAAAUGCGUUCAGAAAUUUGAUUUAUUCUUGGACUGUACUCUUCGCAUGGACUGGGAAGUUCUUUUAAAUCAUUAAAUAUUAAGACGACCAUCUCUUCUAUUAAAUUGCAGUACAUGUUCUAAACCAUUCAGAUCGAGCCUUUACUCCCUUUGAGAGUUCUCAACAUCAUUUGAUGGAGCCUUCAGGCUUUUCAACGUUUAUCUCUGUAGAGGUCAUCUUUACAGUUCCUCGGGAAAAUGUGAAUGUGCCGCGUUUUGUUUUCAAUACUGUAUGAAAACAGGAAAAAUAAAAAUUUAGAAAAUACAGCUCAUUAAAAUAAAAUUGUUGAAUUUCAUUU